UACUUAGGUAAAGAAAAAACUUGGGAAAGUUGGAAAAUUGUGCAUAAAAAUUCAUACUUUUAUUUUGUCAGACACACACUUUGGUUCUGACCAGCGUCUUCUUACUCGAAAACUAAGAAAUUGGAGAUGCUGAAGAAGGUGACUGCGACCGGUUUAUCGAGGCAUGGUGUUCCGUUUGCAGAAUCUGAGGGUCAAGUGGUCUCUUUUGUCUCUAAUUGCCUUAAUAGAGAGGAGGAUGCAGAUAUCUAUAUAAAUAAGAAGACAAAAGGGAUGGAAACUUAACUAAGCGAAAUACAACUAUGGCGGAAACAAAGAAUUGGAUCCCAAUAUGGUUUCCUUUGAUGGUGUUGGGAUGUUUUGGUCUGAAUUGGUUGAUCAAGAUGGUGAAUGUGUGGCUCUAUGAGUUCAGCAUUGGGGAGAACAUGUACUAUCUGCCACCAGGAAAUUUGGGUUGGCCUUUCAUUGGCAACAUGUUGUCUUUUCUCAGAGCUUUCAAGACUUCUGACCCUGACUCCUUUACCCGCACUUUAAUCAAAAGGUAUGGACCUAAAGGUAUCUAUAAAGCACACAUGUUUGGGAACCCAAGUAUAAUAGUAACAACACCAGACACUUGCCGGCGUGUGCUGACAGAUGAUGAUGCGUUCAAGCCAGGUUGGCCAACAUCUACAAUGGAACUAAUUGGAAAGAAGUCAUUCAUUGGUAUCUCUUUUGAAGAACACAAGCGGCUCAGGCGUUUGACUGCUGCUCCAGUCAAUGGCCAUGAAGCCCUCUCUAAUUACAUACCGUACAUUGAAGAAAACGUUAUUACCGCUCUGGACAAGUGGACCAAAAUGGGAGAGUUCGAGUUCUUGACUCAUCUGCGUAAGCUUACCUUUAGGAUCAUCAUGUACAUCUUUCUCAGCUCUGAGAGUGAGAAUGUAAUGGAUGCAUUGGAACGAGAGUAUACCGCUCUUAACUAUGGAGUUCGAGCAAUGGCAAUCAAUAUUCCUGGAUUUGCUUAUCAUAGAGCACUCAAGGCGAGAAAAACACUUGUAUCUGCGUUUCAGUCAAUAGUUACUGAUCGCAGAAAUCAAAGGAAACAGAACAUUGUAUCGAAUAAGAUAGAUAUGUUAGACAAUCUACUUAAUGUUAAAGAUGAAGAUGGAAGAACUUUGGAUGACGAAGAGAUUAUUGAUGUUCUUCUGAUGUAUCUAAAUGCCGGUCAUGAAUCCUCUGGCCACACCAUUAUGUGGGCUACCAUUUUUCUACAAGAACACCCUGAGUUUCUACAAAGGGCAAAGGCCGAACAAGAAAUGAUCCUGGAAAAUAGGCCUGAAGGACAAAAAGGUCUAACUCUAAAAGAAACCCGGCAAAUGGAGUUCUUAUCACAGGUUGUUGAUGAGACACUUCGAGUCAUAACAUUCUCACUCACCGCUUUUCGGGAGGCAAAGACUGACGUCGAAUUGAAUGGCUACUUAAUCCCAAAAGGUUGGAAGGUUUUGACAUGGUUUAGGGAUGUCCACAUAGACCCUGAAGUGUAUCCAAAUCCAAGAAAAUUUGAUCCUUCUAGAUGGGAUAAGGGCUUUGUACCAAAAGCUGGUGCGUUCCUUCCUUUUGGUGCUGGAAGCCAUUUAUGCCCCGGAAAUGAUCUUGCUAAGCUUGAAAUUUCAAUUUUUCUACAUCAUUUCCUCCUCAAAUAUCGGGUGAAACGGAGCAAUCCAGAGUGUCCUGUGAUGUAUUUGCCUCACACCAGACCAACUGAUAACUGCUUGGCAACAAUUAGUUAUCAGUAAAACGUGAUUCUCAUCUUCACCGUUAAGUUUGGUUCAUCAGUUAUGGAGUCUUGCGACUCUUGUCUUUAUUUUUGGUUGGAAACUUCAUCAGACUACUUACUCUGUUCCAUGAAACAGAGCUUUGUUUUUCUUCAGUUGGUGUAAUAAUAUCUUUGUUUGCAAA